CACUGCGGCUUCACCGUGUUGUGCCACAUCCUUGAAGAUUAUUCUUCAUAAUUGGCAGUAUGAAACAUGAUGGAUGAAUAAGUGCAUUAAUUGUGCUUACACGUUCUUUUUCCGUUGCAGUACGCUAUUAAGAUAUUAAGCAAAAACCUGUUUUUUUGUUAUUUAGAUGACAUGUACCGAGUGCAAUACAUUUAGAUGCUCUCGGAGGCAAGAACUGAUACAGUAUUUGGAGUGUGUUCACCAACAGAAAAUGGAGUGCAAAGAAAUGACAUUUAGUUCUGUGGAAGAGUUCUUUCUGUGGAAGGAACAGAUGGAAGUUGAAGAGAAGGUUUCCUUCAUAAUACCAAGGGGAAAACAGAAAUGUGAUUAUUUUGUUUACCACCGUUCUGGAUAUGCUGACAAAACAGCUUCAGGCAGAAGGUUAAGGGAACCUUCAAUCAAAAUUGGUGGCACCUGCCCUGCCUGUUUGGUAGUAAAAAAUGUGUCCUCUAACAUGGUUAAUGUCAAGUUCUACAGGACACAUACAGGACACAGUCUCUCUGUGGGUAGCCUACAUCUUACCACAGCUGACAGGGCAAUGGUUGCUGAAUUAAUUGCACAAGGUGUUCCUGAUACUACAAUUUUGAAGAAAGUGAGAGAGAGCAUUCAAGUUGGACUCUUCAGAAGAGUUCAUCUUUUAAGCAAACAAGAUAUUAGAAAUAUUAGGAAAGAAUACAAGCUGGACGAUAGUAGUGCACACCAAGAUGACACAACCAGUGUUGAUCUGUGGGUGAGACAACAAGAGCGCCUAGGGAAAGAUUCCCUGGUGAUUUAUUACAAAGCCCAAGGCACUGAGGAUAAUGGAAACAAAUUAUCAGAAAGUGACUUUAUGAUAGUCCUUAUGACUGAGUAUCAGCAGAAAAUGGCAAAAAAAUUCUGUGCAGAAAAAGUUUUGAUAGACAGCACACAUGGCACUAAUAGGUAUAAAUUUUAUCUGACAACACUGUUGACCGUGGAUGAAUUUGGUGCUGGAUGUCCAGUUUCUUAUUGCCUCAGUACACAUACUGACACAAGGUCCAUGCAAGUUUUCUUUGAGCAGAUUAAAAAAUGUAUUGGACACAUCAAAACAAAGGCAAGAACACAGUUUCUUCAGAGAAUGUUUGAUCCACUGCUUGCUGAAAAUAACUAUAGCAUUAACAUACGUGUUUGAUUUUUAUUUUUAUAGGUAUUCAUGUCUGAUGACUGUGACAGCUACUACAGUGCCUGGAGUGUAGUUAUGGGCCAUAGUGAACAUAGGUUGUUAUGUACCUGGCACAUUGAUCGGGCAUGGAGACGGAAUAUAUGUGCAAAAGUAAAUGGGAAUGCAAUGCUGAAGAGUACUGUAUACAAAGCUCUGAAAACUUUGCACUUACAGACAGAUAGAGAGAAAUUCUCAGAGCUGCUGGAUGGCUUUCUUACUUGGUGUGCAGAGGAGGAAGGAACUGAGGAGUUUGGCAAGUACUUUAAAGAUAGAUAUUCAUGGAGGGCACAUAUGUGGGCAUACAGCUACAGAACUGGACUUGGCCUUAAUACAAAUAUGUUCUUAGAAGCAAACCAUAAAACUCUCAAAUACUCAUACUUACUGAAAGAAAAUAAAUAACAGAGUAGAUAAAUGUAUCCAGGCUCUAUUGCACAGAACGAGGGACUCACUUUUUCAAAGAUUAAUAAGGCUUUGUAAGGGGACAGAGAGAACCACACGCAGUGCUGAAAUAAGUAAGAGUCACAGAAGAGGUUGUGGUAUUAAUAAGGAACUGAUACACUGCGUUGAAGAUGGCACAUGGCAUGUAUACACCGUUCCUGGUCGGCCCCCAUAUACUGUCACCUAUACAGAGAACUCUUGCAGUGCAUGCCCAUUGUCCUGUACUGUGUGCAAGAUCUGUGUGCACAGUUGUGUGUGUUCUUGCACAGACAAUUUGAUCAAGGGUAACCUCUGUGAACACAUUCAUGCAGUGGAAAUGAGCAAAGGAACUGUAAAGCUCCCUAUGCAAGACAGGUUCUGCAGAGAGUCAUCUGUGCAGGAGUUAACACAAAUAGUUACGCAGCAGACUGCAGCUGCUUACAGCACUGUUGACUACCGAGCUGCUUUGGAAGACAGGCUGACUAUUGUGCAACAAUUAGCAAGAAGUGCUAACAGCAAAACUGCUGAUUCUCUCCUUGCGUCAUUUGAUAAAUUAAUUAAAGAAAUGAGGGCAGGCAUUGCAUCGCAAAAAGAACUCGUUGGUCGACAUUUUCCAGUAACUUCAGCUCCACCAAAUGAGACAUGCAGGAUUCAGAGACAGUUCCAAUCAGUAAGGAGGACAUGUGAAAAGAAGGAACAUUCAUUUGCAACACCAUGCUGUGCCGAAAUUGAGACCAUUGUACAAGACCUCUUGGGAAGUGGAAACAGUAGCUGAGACCAUGUAUAUGCAAAACACAAGUAGGGAAAUCAUCCAAUAGCUCUGAGAAUUUUUCUUCUUGUGCUUGUAAGUGUAGGGUUUUCAGCACAUGCCAUUUAUGUUUUGCACAUGUCCUCUGUCUGCAAUUCUGGCCAGCAUGCGAGACACACAACCUGUGGUCAGUAUAACCCACAACUACACUCUCCUCACAUUGUAGUAGCUGUCACAAUCAGCAAACUGUAUUGAUACAAGCUUUGUUGAUGAGACUGUCGUCUUGUGUUUGGUGUUUCUAGUAAACUUUUGUACGUGAUCUAAGAAAAACCUGCAUAGGCCACGCUUAGUGUGUGUAGUGAGGCAGUAAAUAACAAGGGAUCUUGCACCAGAUUCACCCAUAGUCAACAGUGGUGUUACACAGCACACUUGCACUAAUAGGUGUAAUUUCUUAAGAUUGUAUUAUUAGAAUACCAUAUGCAAUUAACUUGGGAACUGCAUAAAAGCCGGAACCAAGUCAACAUUAGUAUGGUUCAUUGCAAAUGGUAUUGGUACCUGUCAUCUAAUUUUUCCACAAGAUCUGGCCCAUGCCUCUUCCAUAGCUGCUAGUUAACAGGACUUUCCUCCUAUGUUCUACUAUUUUUAUUUAUUUAUUUUUGAAACGGUUUCCUGGUGAAAGUCUGUUGAUAUCUCCUCUGUCCAGAUUUAAUUGUAAGGAUUUCUGUUAAUUAUGUAAUUUUAUUAUGAAAUAUAAAAAAAGUUUCUUAACUGAUCAUUGUUGUUGUAUUGGGAUUAGCUGACAGUAAAACUUUUGUUUUUCAUAAUGAGUUACAGAGAAAGAAUGAUGUUGUAUAGCAUCUCAUAAGAUAAAUCACUAAGUAAUCCUGUCACAUAAGUAGAAUAGUGUUUAACUUAAGGAAUGUAAAUGUCACCUAGAAGCGUUGUCAUAUUCUUUCUUUCCAGUUGAGAUUCUUUCUCUUGUUGUAUGUACAAAGAUAAAUUACCCACUAUUUCCAAAUGUUACAUGUCUUUUUGCUGAAUUGUACAUAUGUCCUUGUCUUUUUGUAUAUGUCUGUUCAAGGUUUUUCCUUUUGCUGUUAUCUGUCUAUAAUAAUGUGGGUUCAUGUACAACAUGAUGGUUGUCAUAUAUUUAUUCUUUUUGAUUUUUGGGAAUGGCUGGUGUAAUGUUUCCCUCUGUUUCUUAAGAAAUGUUUUCUUAUGUUUAUGAAUGAUUUCAAGCAUUUUUGUUGCUUCUGUAUGUAAAGGAAAUGUGUCCUGAAGAGACUUAAUAAUCAAAUAAAAUAUUUUUUAUACC